GAGCCGCACUGUGGUCGACAUGCAAAAGACGGAGCUGGCAAUCGUGAGAGAGACGGUGGUGAUCGCAGUGGUGCUGGUGACGACAGUGGUGCGGUUGGUACGGGUGUGGGCUGAUGCGAAGCGGGCGCGUACGAUGAUGGUGGUCACGGUCACUGUAAUGGAGACG